AUGUCUACGUCCUCCCAGAAAGUCAGCAUCGGCGAGCCCGGCGCACCCGGCGGCCCAACCUCUUCAUCCCAAAUCAUAGCCUCGCGCGAACGGCCCACCGCGAUCAGCCCAGGCCAUAUCGCUGAGGUCGAUCUCAUCCAACCCUCGCGUGGCCAAGGUCCUCGCUUCCCGGCCGAGGUCUUCGCCAACAUCGUAUCCUACCUCGACGACGACGACCUCACCACCUGCGCCCUCGUCUCGCGGUCAUCCUACCUUGAGGCAACUCCUCGCUUGUACAAUACCCUCUCCAUCAAGACAUGGGUCAUCGCGGACCAGCUCGGGUCCCGGGACCGAAUGUUCGAGCAUGACACAUACUUCCCCAAGCCCCCACCCCGUUCUCCCGCUCGGCAUUUCCCGCGGAUGGGCGCUUGCCAUCACUCCCAGAUCGCUUCACAUACGUCCAACUCCUCACCAUCAGCACAGACACUAGGCGCCUCUGCGACCGGCUCGCUCCCCUUGACUUCCCCAAUCUCGAAACCCUUCGCAUCGCUCCUCCCUGCUAUUACGACCACCGCUAUGUAUAUCCCAACCCAGAGGAGCUUUACCUCGACGCAUGUCAAUGCCCUUGCUCUAAAGGGGAGCCCAGGUGGGGGCGGCACGGCAGAAGGACGUGUGCAUGCCCCUCCCUGCAUCGCUGCUCGUUUCUCGCCCACCUCCGACCUCGUCGCGUCAUCUUCGGCGGUCCACUCAGUGGGUGGGUUCCCCGGUUCCGUACAAGGUCUGUGGGAAUCGGGCUCACUUCCUCCCCAACACGUCAAAGAGGUCGUCGUCAUAGGUGGCUUCCAGAUCACACAGGAGAUUUUGGAUCGUAAAGCCAUCCGACUGCUUAGCAAAAUACCGAGCACGGUGGAGAAGCUCAGCAUUGUCAUGUGCACGUGGCGAGGCGGCUAUAUCAAGGAGGCACGCAAUGGGGUACUACGCGGACCAGGGUGGAGCGCCCAUCUCGGACGUCAUCUCGCCGGUAUGCCCUCGGAGACCACCACGGACACCCCGGCUGGCAUUAAUCCGUCCACCCAAUCCGACCCAACCGGCAGUAAUCUUCCCUCCCCUCCCCUUUCACAGAGUACUACCACUACCGACUCGGACUCGGACUCGGCGGCUUCGCACUCGGACUCGGACUCGGAUUCCGCGUCCGACGCAGAGGACGAGAAGACCGUGAAUGAGCAGCUCCGGCCAGCUCUCGCCCUAGCGUGUAGUGGGGAAGCGAAGUUGAUAGAAGUCGUGGGGCUCGAGACUAUUCGGAGGGAUUGGACCGAGGCGGAGGUGGAAGUGGAGAUAGAGGCGAUCAGGCGGAGCCUGAAGAAGUUUCUGGAGGGGAAGGGAUGGGAUGAGGCGCGGGCGAGUGAACGGGCGGCGGAGAUAGUGUUUAUUAGCGGCGAUGACUUCAUCAAGAGGAAGGGGGACAAGGCGAUGGAGCAGUCCAAGGCGGCAAACAGGCGGGCGAUACUGGAUGACCUGUCGAAAUCCAAACUCCGCAUUCCUCAACCAAAGUUCACCGACUUGCCUUCCUUCAUCGCAUCACAUACUCCACUUCAGCAACAUGCCGACCUCUCCCCCCUCUCCGCCUCCAACCUCUCCCGGCGACUCCUCUACCCUCCCUACGACUUACCCCAUGCCCACUCUUCCCCUCGAAAUCAUCGGUAUCGUCGUUUCCUUCCUCGGAAAGCCACAGCUCGCGGUCUGCGCACGCGUCUCUCGGGUGCUGUACGACGAAGCUACACCUCGGCUAUACAGAGGCUGAAAGUCAACUCAAUAAGCUCAGAUCUGACGCUUCGGACUGCUCCAAUUUCAGGCGGCUCCGGCUCCUCGCCUGGCCCCUGCAUCACGCGCUACCUGGCCGAUGUGCACAAACCCGAAUCCACCUCGUCGGCAUUCCCUCGGACCCCUCCCCGGCGGAUAAGCGAGCUCGAUCGCUUCGAGCACACGCAAUACCUCACAAUCCGUCCCCAUUUGGUCACCCUAUGCGAUCGUCUGCCCCCCUUCCACAUGCCCAACCUAGUCACCUUGAGCUACAAGGUAUCGGCGAUCCUGGCCCCCAAUGGCUUCUACACGCAUAACUUGGACAUCGAUGUCUGCGGCGACUCUCACACUCAGACCUAUCCCACGCCGAUGUGGCUGAGUCCAUCGAGCUCCAGCGGCCCUACCCUGGGCUGCGAGCUUCUCUCCCGCCUCCAACCUCGGCGGAUCAUCUUCGGCGGCCAACAAUGCGGACUGGAGGGCUCUGCUCACUCGAGCUGGAGCGCCUUCCUGCCGCCCCCUCCUUCGGCCAAGGAGAUCGUUAUUCUAGCCGGGGAGGAAAGCAUGAACUAUUCCGCGUGGACGAACGGGCGAAUGCCCCUUUUGACGGACAUGCCCGCCACUGUCGACCGCCUCAGCAUCGUCAUGUGGUGCUGGGGCGGUGGGUGGACGAUAAAGGAGCGGAGUGACUACCAACUUUAUCCGUUCCCGGGCUCAUUCCUGAAGCUGCUACCGGGUCGUAUGGCGAUCGCUUGCUCGGGGAAAGCGAAAAAGAUAGAGAUCAUCGGAUACGAGACCAUCGCUCGUUUCCGGGCGGCAGAACUGGAGGAAGUUAUCGCGUGGAUAAGGGAGGAACUCAGGGCGAUCCUGGUCGAGAGGGGUUGGGAGGCGGUCGAGGCGGAUAAGCGGGCACAGUCGAUAUCAUUCGUCACCGGGGACGAGUAUCUGACGAGGGAGGGGGAUGCAGCUAUGAGGGAGUCAAGGGAGGCGGUGAGGGAGACUAUACGGGAGGAUCUGCUGGAGAUGGGGUAUGAUGUGUAA